GAAAGGCCAAACCUAUCAACCUAUCAAGAGAGGUAGAGACUAGAGAGACAUACAGGUGGCAGGGAAGGCGCGCGCUUCCUCCUGCCGCCGCGAACAAAAUUCCUUGCUUCCCCGGCGGCAGCUCGAAUCGGAAUACCCAUUUGUCCAUCCUCGCAAGCACCCUUCCACCUCCUCUUCUUCCAAUGGCGUAUAAAUCGUGUCCGAGCCCAUCAGCCCACCGUGCCCCCCACCAUCACGUUUGUGGCGAUGGCGACGGCGACGGCCUCGAGGUCGACGGUGGUGAGGCGGAGGCGGAACGCGCUGGCACAGACGCUGGCGUCGCGGAGGCUUCCGGAGGGCGUGGCGGAGCCCGGGGAGCGGGUGCCCGAAGCCUUGGCCCCAGAGGUGAUGCCAUUCAUCCGCGCAGCCGACGAGGUCGAGCUGCUCAACUCGCGGGUCGCGUUCCUCUAUAUGCCUACAAGAAAGUUCAAAGAAUGGAUCCAUCAUCCAUCCAACGUGGGGUUCGGCAGUUCAAAACAUACAUGUCACUUAAGCUAGAUCAGGAUGACAUGCAAUUUCCUUUAAAUGAUUCAAAGGAGAUCCAACGAUUUUAUAAGUACUACUGUGAAAAUUUGAGCAGAACCUCUGAAAAACAGAACUUUGAGGAAUUGGCUAGAUAUUACCAAGUGGCGUCUGCUCUUUAUGAAGUGUUAAGAGAUGUAACAAACAACAAGGUUGAUUCUGAGGUGAUGAAACGUGCUAAAGUAGUAGAGGAAAAGAGUGCUCAUUUCAAGAGUUACAAGUACAACAUAGUCCCCCUCAAUUUUCCUGGUUCUGCAGAAGCAGUUGUGGAACUCCCGGAGAUAAAAAGUGCUAUAGAUGUAAUACGUAACAUAGACGGUCUUCCAAAGCUACAGAUGUCUUCAAUGCAAAGGGAAGGAAAACCUAUCUGGGAUUUACUUGACUGGCUUUCGCUAGCAUUUGGAUUUCAGAAAUCGAAUGUGGAAAAUCAGAGAGAAAAUAUGGUGUUACUGCUUGCAAAUAUUAGCACAAGGACCUCAGGACAGGAAGGGCAUCCUUUGGUCGACACUGUGAAUGAUUUGUGGGACAAAAUAUUUGGAAAUUAUGGAUCAUGGUGUCACUAUUUGCAUGUUAGUUCAAGAAUCAUGAUCAAAUAUGAUGACACAGAACUAAAGAAGCAGCAGCUAAUGCUUCUCCACAUUGGAUUGUACCUUCUUAUCUGGGGUGAGGCUUCAAAUGUCCGGUUUAUGCCUGAGUGCUUAUUCUACAUAUUCCACCAUAUGGUAAAACAGUUGAAUCAAAUGGUUGAAGAAAGUUAUUUUCAACCACCACCUGGGUUUGAAGAGGAGGGAUCAUUCCUAAACAUUGUCAUUGAACCUAUCUAUAAGGUUCUGCAGAAGGAAUCACAAAGAAGUAAAGGUGGUACAGCUGGCCACUCAGCUUGGAGAAAUUAUGAUGACUUGAAUGAACAAUUCUGGUCAGAGAAAUGUUUUAUGAAGCUUGGCUGGCCAUGGGAUCUCAGUGCAGACUUCUUUCAUCAAGAGUUAUUCUUCUUAUGUGGUGGAUUCAGCCAAGAUUGUAUGUUGCACGUGGUAUGCAUGAGGACAUAUUGUCCAUUUUUAAGUAUGUCUUCUUUUGGGUCGUGUUGCUCACCUCCAAGCUUGCAUUUAGUUUCUAUGUUGAGGAAUAUAUUUUUUAAUAUAUCGAUGCUCAUCAUUGCCAUGUCUGGCUGUCUGGUUCAUGCUACACAGAAGCUUAGAUCUGUAAUCAAGCUAUGGAAGAGAGUACUGCCUGGUCGACCACGACAACCACGACACGAUCUUAAGCAAGCGGAACACCGAAGGAGGAUCUUGGGGAUGACGGAGGCGUCGAUGACAACCUCAAAGGCGAGAGUGCCGCACAAUCUCGGUGUGGUCAUUACUAUAUGGGCACCAAUUGUUUUGGUGUACUUUAUGGACACACAAAUAUGGUAUGCUAUUUUCUCCACUGUCUUUGGGGGUGUUUCGGGUGCCCUUAGUCAUGUCGGUGAGAUACGUACCCUAGGCAUGUUGAGAGUCAGAUUCAAAUCAAUGCCAGAUGCUUUCAGGAAAUGUCACGUGGCAGCACAUAAAGAGCAAGCACUUGAUGUGAGGAGCUUCUUUUGUGUUUGGAAUUCAUUCAUCAAUUCCUUACGAGAGGAAGACUUCAUUAGUGAUAGAGAGAAGGACAUGUUGAUGGCUCCAUCGUCUUCAAGUAAUUUACCUAUUGUUCCGUGGCCUCCUUUCCUCCUUGCUAGCAAGGUACCAACAGCUCUCCAUAUGGCCAUGACUUCCAAAGAGGGGGAUGAACAUGAGCUGAUCGAAAAAAUCAAACUAGACAAGGACAGAUACAAUGCAGUUAUAGAAUGCUACGAGUCCUUGAAAAUAAUAGUUGUUUGUCUUCUGCUAGACUAUAAUGAUAAAAGAAUUGUCCAUGAUAUCGAUAAAAUAGUGCGAACUAGUAUGCAAAAUAACACACUUUUGGACGACCUCGAGAUGGCAGAGAUUGGUAAAGUCAGCAACACAUUGGCAAAAUUAUUACAGCUACUGUUUGUCCGGCUGCAUUUAUUGUUGACUAUGAAGGAUUCUGCAAUGGAUGUACCUACAAAUUUGGAUGCUCGACGUAGGAUCACCUUCUUCGCAAACUCACUUUUUAUGAAAAUGCCGAGAGCACCUCAAGUGCAUGAUAUGAUAUCCUUUAGUGUUUUGACUCCAUAUUACAAUGAGGAAGUACUUUAUUCAUCUCAUCAACUAAAUAGAAAGAAUGAAGACGGUAUCUCGAUUUUGUUUUAUCUACAAAAGAUUUAUCCAGAUGAAUGGAAGAACUUUCUACAACGCAUUGGAGUUGAUCCAGAUAACGAAGAUGAAGUAAAGGGAUGCAUGGAUGAUAUCCGUAUAUGGGCGUCUUACCGGGGUCAAACACUUGCCAGAACUGUGAGAGGGAUGAUGUACUAUAGACGAGCUCUUGAAGUGCAAUGCUAUGAGGAUAUGAAAAGUGAACAAGACCGGGCAACAUCGGGCAGGCCGGCAAUGAGGAUCCAAGCCGUGUCCAGGACCGCCACCGCCUUGGGAUCCCACUUCGGCUCGGAGAUGGCCACCACCAACUGGUUGAGAACCAAGGUGAUGUUGGCGCUGCCAGUGCAGUACCCCAUGCUGAUGGCGUCUGGGAAGACCAUCGUGAAGGUGGUACGAUUCCACUAUGGUCACCCUGAUGUUUUCGAUAGAAUCUUUCACAUCACAAGGGGUGGCAUAAGCAAGGCCUCAAAGGUUAUUAACCUCAGUGAGGACAUCUUUGCAGGAUUCAAUUCAACCCUGCGACAAGGAACUGUUACCCAUCAUGAAUACAUACAGUUGGGUAAAGGACGUGAUGUUGGAAUGAACCAAAUAUCCAACUUUGAGGCCAAGGUGGCAAACGGUAAUGGUGAACAAACUCUAUGUCGUGAUGUUUACCGACUAGGACACAGAUUCGAUUUCUACAGGAUGUUGUCUAUGUACUUCACCACAGUUGGCCUCUACUUCAAUAGCAUGGUGGCUGUUCUUACGGUGUAUGUAUUUUUAUAUGGGCGGUUGUAUCUUGUUUUGAGUGGCCUAGAAAAGUCGAUUCUCCAUGAUCCACGGAUUAAAAACAUCAAACCCUUUGAAAAUGCACUUGCCACCCAAUCGGUAUUCCAACUUGGGACGUUGCUCAUCCUCCCGAUGAUAAUGGAGGUCGGCUUGGAGAAAGGGUUUGGUAAAGCCCUGGCUGAGUUUAUAAUCAUGCAACUUCAGUUAGCUCCUAUGUUCUUCACUUUUCAUCUCGGGACAAAGACUCACUACUAUGGAAGGACUAUACUUCAUGGUGGUGCAAAAUAUAGAGGAACAGGCCGGGGUUUUGUUGUACGCCAUGCGAAAUUUGCUGAGAAUUACAGAAUGUACUCACGGAGCCACUUUGUGAAAGCAUUGGAGCUGCUCAUCCUCUUGGUUGUUUAUCUAGCAUACGGGAGUUCUUACAGGAGCUCGAGUUUGUAUGUAUACGUCACAAUUUCGAUGUGGUUCCUUGUUUUCUGCUGGCUGUUUGCACCUUUUAUCUUCAACCCAUCAUGCUUUGAGUGGCACAAGACGGUUGAUGACUGGACUGAUUGGUGGAAGUGGAUGAGCAAUAGGGGUGGUAUUGGGCUGGCACCUGAGCAAAGUUGGGAGGCUUGGUGGGUGAGUGAACAUGAGCACCUAAAGAAUGGAACAAUACGUAGCUUGCUCUUGGAGCUGGUUCUGUCGCUGCGCCUCCUGAUCUACCAAUAUGGUAUUGUGUACCACUUGCACAUAGUGCACGAGAACAAAAGCUUCAUGGUACUCAUCCUGUUUAAAUCUCCUUAUCCUCUAGAAACAUUCCAUUCAUUUCUGGUAGAAUAAUAAUGCUGCUUUGUUUGUUCCACCCAGAUAUAUGCACUAUCGUGGCUGGUUAUUGGCAUCGUUCUUGUUUUGCUAAAGGUUGUUUCACUGGGGAGAGAGAAGUUUGUUACCAAGUUUCAGCUUGUGUUCCGUAUACUCAAGGGCAUUGUGUUUCUUGUCCUCAUCGGCUUGAUGGUGGUCUUAUUUGUUGGUUUUGAUCUCGCUGUGUCAGACGUUGGCGCCAGUGUCUUGGCCUUCAUCCCAACUGUCUGGUUUAUUCUUUUGAUGGCACAAGUGUGUGGACCGCUGUUUCGGAGGUUAGUGAUUGAGCCACUUGGCGUGCUGUGUUGCUCCUGCUGCCCUGGUGGAGCAUGCCGAGGGCCUUGCUGCGCCAAGUUGAGGCAGAGUGGGGCUGUGCUCUGUAAGAUAGGGCCAUGGGACUCCAUCCAAGAGAUGGCAAGGAUGUACGAGUAUACCAUGGGGAUCCUCAUCUUCCUGCCCAUCGCCGUCCUCUCGUGGUUCCCCUUCAUGUCAGAGUUCCAGACGCGUCUGCUCUUCAACCAAGCCUUCAGCCGGGGCCUGCAGAUCUCGAGGAUCCUCGCUUACCAAGCGUGAAUGACUUUGCUUGCUUGCAAACUACCCUGCUCUGUCUGUAGCGUGCAUAUUCACGGCGUUAUUAUAUUGUAUUGUUGAUUUGGAACUUUGGAAGGAUGCAUUGGAGCAAUAUCUGAUUUGUUCUCACCGUUGAACCAAAACUAAAAGAAAGCUACACAUUUGCUUUUCCAUUA